AUGGCUGACCUCAAAGUUGCCGUGAAAAACUGUUUGAAGUAUUUUAAUGUAGUCACGAUUAAACCAGAACAACAGAGAAUAUUAGAUGCUAUCCUCACAUACAAGGACUGCAUGGCAGUUCUUCCUACGGGGUUUGGAAAGUCGCUUCCGUACCAGUUACUUAUUCCAGUCAAAAAAGAAUUGGGACAAAACGACGGAAAGAAAGUAAUCAUUUGCUCGCCUCUGAUAGCCUUGAUGAAAGAUCAAUGUGAACGUUUGAGUCAAAUUUCCGGCGUAAGAGCGGUUUAUUUAGGAGGUGGUUGUAGGGAUCCGGCUGUUGAACGGGGCGAAUUUGACUACCUUUUCGCUGCCCCAGAGAUGCUAGUUGGAGAUCAGCACUGGAGAUCAGUUUGUCAAAAGUUUCAAGUUUCCACUAUAGUUAUCGAUGAAUUUCACACUAUAGCUACAUGGGGAGAAGAUGAAGGAGGAAAAAAAGCUUUUAGGAAAUGGUUUUCCUACAUAGGGGAAAUGCGUUCCUUGUACCCUGAGGCAAGUGUCCUUGCUCUAAGCGCCACAUGUACUCAGAAAAUCAGUUCACGUGUAAAGAAAAUCCUGAAUUUUUCUACGAACAUAAUCGAAAUAUGUGUUUCUCCAAACAAAGAAAACAUAAAAAUUGUGGUUCAAAAGAUACCAAAUUCUAUUGAAAUGGCAUUAGGCUGGAUAAUAGAAGGUUUGCAUGAUGGAACAUUUCCAAGAACUUUGAUUUACUGCAUGUCAAUUAAAGAUUCCUCUAACAUUUACAUGUACAUUAAAAAUGAACUACCUGAAUGCACCUGCAUUGAUAUGUUUCACUCAGAAACUGAUGAUAAAAAAAAAUCAAAGAUAAUGGAAGCGCUUAAAGAUCCAUCUAGUGAAUUAAAAAUUGUGGUGGCUACGAGUGCCUUGGGCAUGGGAGUUGACCUUGUAGGAUUUUACAAUGUCAUUUUGUAUGGAUGCCCCAAAUCUAUUGUAGACCUUGUUCAAGAAAUAGGCCGUGUCGGGCGUGAUGGACAGUGUUCAACAGCAUUACUCUUACAUAAUUCUUAUCACAUGAUUGGUGUUGAGAAAGAAGUGAAAGAAGUCUAUAAAGCUGGUAAAAGUACCAGUAACACAACCAAUACAAUAAACUACUCCUGUAGACGUGUUGCAAUGCUGGCACCAUUUCAUAAAGCAACAGAAUUGUCGCAGCUAAAAGAAGUGGAACCAGUUCAUUCCUGUUGUGAUUUGUGUUACAGCAUAUGUCAAUGUGUAUCAUGUUCUCAAACACGCAUUGAAAAAUUGUUUCACUUUACUUUAGAUGACUUGUCUGCGGAGGAGGAAGAGGAGGAGACUGACGAAUACACUGAAUCAUAUGAGAGUUCUGACAAUGAAGACAUUGAUAAUUUGCUUUUAGACAUUAACCUGGAUUGAUUUGUCUCAAUGCAAUAAAAACUGUUGUUUGCCAAUUAAGAAGUGAGUCAGCACAUCUUCAAAUAAUGGCAAAAUGUUUGUUUUACCUGUUAAU